CUGCACAUUGAGCCAUAAGCACACAGGAUCUUUACCAAAUCCUUUUUGUUUAUCAGCAAGAUGAUCCGACUGAUCUUUUUUGUGGUCCUUUUUUCUGUGGCCUUUUGCUAUGGAUACAAAACAAACAGUCUCUAUGGUAGAAACACAUUGUAUGGUGAUCUUAUUGGGAGCGAACUGUAUGGAGGAUGGUACGGAAAAGGUCUUAUUGAAAAGAGAAUAAAUGGAAAGAAUGGUCUCUAUGGUCACUAUGGUGGACCCUAUGGAAAUGAAUUGUAUGGUGAUCUUAUUGGGAGCGAACUGUAUGGAGGAUCGUACGGAAAAGGUCUGAUUGAAAAAAGAACAAAUGGAAAGAAUGUUCUAUAUGGUGGACUCUAUGGAAACGAAUUGUAUGGUGUUCUUCCUCGAAACGAUCUGUAUUGGGGAGGGUACGGAAAAGUUCUUGUUGAAAACAGACUGCCGAGAAAAGGGGUGUACGGAAGAGGACUUGGCCAUAGCAGGUUAGGCAAGGGUUACUAUUAAUAGUUCCAGUCUCAUUUGACGUCCCAGGAAACUACAUCUGUAAAAUGUACUUUAAAACUGUAUAUGAAUGAUUAACACACCAAAUAAAAACAUGUAAGGGAAAAACUCA